AUGCCUCCCUUGUCAAGCAGAGAACCUGCAACUAUCGAAUCAAAGACUCCAUCAGUGGAGCAGUCUACCCCCCGAGAACCUCGCUCAGAGCAGAGGAUCGUUCCUGAGAUUGGACAUCAAGUUGCGCGCACUUUAUGCGAGGAUGGAGAUGUACAGCGAAAAUCAACACAGACUACGUUCAACCCCUCGGUCGGCAGACUGUCUGUUGUGAUGCCAUCGAUUACCCAUGGAACCGUGCUUACCUGGGCGGUUUUUGAAAAGACACAAGCACGAGCGUCCGGUUCUUUCACAGUGCAAGGGCAGGGCAGAGAAUAUGGAAUUAUCUACGGCGAGCAGAAACGAACUGAGGGUCGAGGUCUUCAGAGCUGUUGA